CCCGGGACCCGCCGCCGUCCAGGCCGACUCUCUCGCGAUGGCGAAGGGAGAAGACAAGUCGUGGGUGUUCGACUCCUUGCUGGAGUUCCUCACGGGUCCCAUCUGGAACAUUCCGGUUCUCACCUUCAUCGAGGAGCGGAGCGUCGUUUUCGACCCCGAAUCAGAUGCAGAUGAAGAGUUCCAGAAAAUCUUUGCUGAGUACAAGUACCUCGUCGACCGGAUGCUGGGCAGCUACAUGCAGGACCUGGACAUCUCGGCCGAGGACUUCCACGAGGCCUGCACCGAGGUUACCACCACUUCCGAGAUCAUACCGGCCAUCAAGCAGGUGUUGUACGAGCAGAUCUGGGCCGCCGAGAAUUACGACAUCUUCAAGCGGAUGAUGAUCGAGAAGAACAUCGACUUGCAGCUGCAGGCUCUCGAGAUCCUGCAGGCGAAGUACGGGAUCCUGCUGAGGAGGGACGAGGAGGUCCCGUCCCUCCCGGGGACGGGGGCGGGGGCGGGGUCCGAUGAGGCCAACGUCAUCGAGGCGGUCACCAAAAUGGCGAUAUCCUCGUCGGAAAAGGACGAAGUCGGGAAGAUGCUGGCCGCAAGCGAGGCGGAGCGGCAGAGGCUCAUCAGGCUGAAGCCCGUCCGGGCCCCGCUGGUGGGCGGGACCCCGCCGCCGCCGCCGUCGUCGUCCUCGUUUGCUCCUCUUGCAGAAGAGGGAGACGAGGUGGUGAGGGCCGAGGAGGGACGGGUAAAGCGGGGCAACAUACCCACUUCCGCCCCUGCU